AUGACAUCGUUUUUCUCCACUCCUCCGUUUCGUCGAAACAUUUCACUAUCUUCAUGCUUGACAUCAGACGACAAUGACGGGGUCGCUGAACCCAUUUCGCCUAACGAUGUGGCAACUGUUGCGAGUGCACCCGCUCGACCUACAAGUCCCGGGGAUCGGAGCCCUUCUGUACGAUUUACAGCGAGGCGGGAAUCUAGACGAAGAGUGGCGUCUGUACCUUCAACUGGGCAUACGGAACGCCCCGGAAAUCUCAUAUCACCGAAGCCUAGAACAGUACAACAAUACAUAUUAGAAUCCGAUGAAGCCAACCAGAAAUCCAACCAUCUGCGGCGACUAAUGGCCGGCUCUCCCUCUUCACCACCCCGAUCACGUGAGGUUCCAAGAUUCAGUGGUGGCCCUGUGGGCGAUGCCAUUUCGCCAGGGGUGAAGGAUGUAUUUCAGGAUGCUGUGGAGGAGCAGGUCCAGAGUCCUGCAGAAGAUGACAAGCCAGGGGUUACGACAGAGGCUAUUCUUUCCAGCAUGCACAACAUCAUUCGGGGAUCUUACAACGAAAAUAAUAAGGGAUACGCUUACGUUUACCGGGACAGUAAGGAUGAGUGUCAGCGCUUCAAGAUUGGAUCGACGGAUCGGCCAGAAGUUCGCAAAAAGGAGCUCGACAAACAGUGCAAAUACGUGGACUGGGAAUUAGUACAGGAUCCUAAAUUGCCUAUCUGGGAGUAUAAACGACUAGAAAGACUGGCCCACAGUGAGCUGCAAAAUUUGAGAUGCAAUUUCAUAUGCCCCGGUGACGGUAUCAAGCAUCGAGAGUACUUCUAUGGCUCAAACGCUACUGCCUCUGAGGUCCUCGAACGCUGGUCGCGGUGGUUAGUAGAACACGAGCCAUAUGACGAGAAAAGCAAGCUGAAGCCUUUCUGGUCCGAGCGCCUCGAAUGGUUCACCGGUAACAAAACGGCAUCGUUCUAUUUCAACUGCAAAAAGGCUGAUUGCUCACGGCGAGACUCCAUUCCUGCUGCUUGCCAGGAAUGUCUUCGGAUAGGAUGGAAAGUGUGGACAGAACCAACGACGCUCGACAAGGUUAGGUACUACUGUCCUUGUUAUGCCAAGGCCAUAUGGGAGCGCACACCCGCACUGCCUACCUGUUUCCUCUUCAUUUUGUGCGGCAGAUUGAUUGGGCCAAUGAUCCUUGCUCAUUUUCAUGAUUACGGACUUCGUGGAGAGGUCAUCGUGACUGACGUUGUUAUAUGCAUGUGCGCCUUUCUCUGUCACUAUUCCCAAAAUAAGGCACUUCAAAAGGCACUUCAGAGGGGAUCUGGUACAAAGCGCACCGAGACUAUUCACAAGGAACUAGGUUGUCAAUCGAACACUAGAUGGCAAUCAUGGCAAUCUAGGUUUCCCGACCCACCCGGAUGCUUGCAAGGCACAGCUGGGGAGGCUCGACCUUGCACUGUAUCUGUAGAUCGGGGUUAG